UAUUACAUGAUCGAACAUAAAUACUUGUCGCACUCCCUCGUUGCCUCGCCGUUAAUUUGGUCCAAACCCAUCACUAUUUUACGAAGACAGGCAUAUAUAUCAACAUGGCAAGUUCAGAUGGCCCGCAGAUUUUUAAAUCUUUAACAAGCGUCUCCGGAGUUUCGGUCUGGCAGCCUGGCAGCGCUGAAUAUGAGAAAGAGAAUGGCUCAUACUUCAGCGCUUUUGAGAUCGAAGUUAAGCCCUCAUAUAUUGUUAGUCCAAAUAGUGCCGAACAAGUGCAGGGUUUGGUCCGAGCCCUCCGCCCGCAUGUCCUUUCAGGAGACUGUCAAAUAGCUAUUCGAGGUGCUGGUCACACUCCAUUUGCCGGCAGUGCGAAUAUCCAAGAUGGUGUUACAAUCGAUAUGCGAGACCUCAAAGGGGUUAAGUUGAGCGAUGACCGGUCAGCGGUGGACAUUAGUGCUGGAGAAACUUGGACCAAUGUCUAUACUGAACUGGAGAAGUAUGGCUUGACAGUAGCUGGCGGCCGCGUUGGGCGCCUCGGUGUUGCCGGUUUCAUAUUGGGAGGGGGAUUGUCCAUGUUCUCGGCGCGAACGGGGUUUUCAUGCGACUCAGUCACCGAGUUCCAGGUGGUCCUCGCAUCUGGUGAGACUGUUCGUGCAAGCAUAGAAGAGAAUAACGACCUUUGGCGAAGUUUGAAGGGUGGCUUGAACAAUUUCGGAAUUGUCACCUCCUUCAAGAUGAAGACUUUUUCGUCGGGGGAUAUAUGGGGCGGCUUAACGUAUUACAUGCCCGAUACGUUCCCACAACUUCUCCAGAAUGCCUGUGACUUCGCGCAUGAUGAAUCAGAUGAAGAUACACAUCUCAUGUGCAGCAUUGGCUACGGGUUUGGUCAACAAGCCGUGACUUGCGUCAUGUAUCACACGAAAGGGGAAGAAGAUUCCCCUUCUCUGCGACGCUUUACAACCGUAGAGCCGCAAAUAAAGCAACUGUGCACCAUGCGAACGUCGACGCACCUCGGGUUUUGUGAAGAGCUGUCUAGCUUCUCAGGUGACGGAUUACGGCAAUAUUGGGUUUCGGUCACCAUCAAGCCGGAUGUUUCUCUGAUGAAAUCUUUCUACAAUAAGUGGCAGGAAACACUCGUCAAGAUUAAGGAUGCCGAGGGGUUAACUUUUACUCUCGGGUUCCAUCCUUUGACCAAGUCUCUACUGGAGAACUCAGCAAAGGCGGGUGGCAAUGCGAUGGCUAUCCCAUCCUCGGAUGGACCAUUAUUUGUAGUGCUGAUUAAUCCGACCUGGAAGCUAGCAGAGGACGACAACCGUAUAUUUGUAGCGGUACAAGAUUUCAUAACCGAGCUGAGACGACUUGCAAGCGAGAAGGAAUCCCUGCACCGGUAUAUUUUUACCAACUAUGCUUAUAAGGAAGAUGAUGUCCUUGCAGGAUAUGGCCCAGAAGGCUUCUCAAAGCUUAAGGAGGCCAGCGAAAAAUAUGACCCAGAAGGCGUAUUUCAGCAGGGCACUCCUGGUGGGUUUAAGCUACGAAACUAGUGCUUCAUGAUGUAUCGGCUGCUCUCUCUAUAUCCCUAUGAAUUCGAUUACUGUUUAUUGCACUGCCUUAUAUGGCCUAUGUAUAGGUUAGAAGGUAUCUAAGGUAGCCAAGGUGGAAAAUUCAGGCUAUACUAGCUAGCUUUCAAUCACCAAGUCUUUCCUUUUGCAUUAUCUCGUAUUUUUCAGACUGCAUUUUCAGCAUCAACUCCUUGGGGUGGACGUCUUAUAGUGCUUAUAGUAGUAAGUACAGGCUAGGUGCCUAGCUGGUAGAUAUGCAGGCAAUGUUGCUGUGGGUGAGGGGGAUUCCAAAAUCUACGAUGUUUCCGAUCCGAUCU